UUUCGCAACACUGUUUCUCGCCUGAAUUUUCCAACACCGGCGCCAACAACGCUAACAUCGCUAUUGCGUUUUUGUGGGAAAAAAUUAUAAUUGAGAAAGUUAUUUUGUAAAAAAAAACGAUUUAAAAUGCCUAAAGGUCGCGUUAGCAGUGUUUGGCAGCAUUACGAUAUCAAUGAGGAGUGCGAAAACUUUGCAGUUUGUCGCUAUUGCGGCAAUAAUAUAUCGCGUGGUGGCAUGGCCAGCAACCUGAAGGGAAACAACACCACCAAUCUGUGGACACACUUGAGGCACAAGCACGCUGAUGAGGUGCUGGUCAAUCCCAUACAACAACGCCCAAUUAGCCGACCUGCAGUUAUUACUCUAAAGAAAGAAAAAACUUCGCGCAUCGCGAAGGCUAAAGUUGUGCGGGAGCCGCUUCGUGUUGCGAAACCAAAAAUCGAUGUGCAUGCAUCCAUAGCUGGUGCGCUGCCCCAGAAGUGGGAGGAGUACGAGCAAAACGACGAGGUCAGCGAGGACAUCAAGGACAUUAUAUACAGUGAGGAUCCGCUCUGCUACAGUCCCAUCCAAGUGGUUGAGGAUGAAAUGCUAGAUGCUGGCGAAAAAGUCACCGUGGUGAGCAGCAGCAGGGCAACUACUAAUCCAGUUGUUGCCACCGUCGUCUCAGCUCCCACAAGCGCUGCAAAAACAUUGAAAAACAACUUGGAAACAUCCAUUGAACGGCUGACCACGGUCAGCGAGCAGCUUAGCUACGUUAUUCAGCAGCAACAGGAGGAGCAGCAGCUCAAAGAUGAUGACUACUAUUUUGCGUUAAGCCUGGUACCCAUUAUGCGACAACUGUCGGUGAGCCGUAAGCUUUACGUCCGCUCGAAAAUCCAUGAAAUUUUGUACAAAGAGAGUGAGGAGACUAGCACUAAAACUGAAUAAUAGGACAAGAUUAAACUAUGGAUAUACAUAAAUCAUUUUAAACUUACCCAAGAAGAAGAAGAAGCAGAAAUCAAUACAAAAAGAAACGAAAAAACAAAAAAAAAACACAAAAAUUGUAACAUUUAUCUUAUCAACAACUAUUCAUAUAGGCUAAAAUGUUUCUAUGUACGUUUGUUAACGUACCGUUUGCAAUUUUAGUUGGAACAUAUAUUUAAUAAGCACAUAUGUUGAGACGAAUUCGUAUUGAUAAUUUAGCAUGUAUGUAUGUAUUCAAAUAUUUAAUGCAAAACUCUUACAAAACGCUAAUAAAUUUACCUAAGACCUCCAAAGU